AUGAAGGAGAAAUCAAGGACCUACAUACUGUCUGUUUGUGCGUUGAUGCUCAUCACUGGUUCGCUUAAUACGAUAUGUGCGAAAUGGACCGAUAAACUUGAAGCGGAAGGCAAGGAAUUCCACCAUCCUUUCCUUCAGGCUGGAUGCAUGUUCAUUGGAGAAAUAUUGUGUUUGGGCGCCUUCUUCAUCGUACACGGCUGCAGAAAGUAUCAUUGGAACAAGGAAAAACAGAAUUCAAACCCGGAUGACGAACCACGAAUACCUCGUUUCAAUCCUUUCGUCUUCUUACCAGCAACUUUUUGUGACAUCAUCGCCACUUCAAUCUCCUAUGUAGGAUUAACCUUAACCUCAGCUAGCAGUUACCAGAUGCUGCGAGGAGCGCUGAUCGUCUGUACUGGACUGCUAUCCAUUUUAUGGCUUCGAGCACGUAUCAAGGGAUUUCAAUGGUCCGGCAUGCUCCUAUGCGUGCUCGGCUUGGUCGUCAUUGGAAUAACGGAUAUCUACUACAGCGGGGAAAAGCCCGGUGAUAUCCUCUGCACCAUCUCACAGGUUUUUGUUGCCAUGCAACUUGUCAGUGAGCAAAAGUACAUGCGCCAGUAUGAUGUGGACCCUCUGCUUGCAGUAGGCAUCGAAGGUGAUAUCCUCUGCACCAUCUCACAGGUUUUUGUUGCCAUGCAACUUGUCAGUGAGCAAAAGUACAUGCGCCAGUAUGAUGUGGACCCUCUGCUCGCAGUAGGCAUCGAAGGCAUUUUUGGAAUCAUUAUUCUUUGCAUAGCUCUUGUUCCGAUGUAUUACAUUCAUGUUCCACCUACUUUUUCUUCGAAUCCAGAAUAUCGUUUAGAGGACGCCAUUUAUGCAUGGAGUGAGAUUUGCAAACAGCCAAUGAUCGCAGUUUCUCUCACCGGAAUGUUGAUCAGGUAG